GACUUGCCUGCUGAUCAUUUCAAGUCAAACUCACCUUCGACGAAAAUCCCUCUUCCUUCCUUCCUUCCUUCCAUGGCAGCAUACUUCUUGCCGCCUUCUUCACAACAACAGCAUAUAUCUCUCUAAUUCAACCCCCUCCACCACGUUUAAUUUCUCACCAAACCCACCACCCCCCUUUUACCAUUUGCACCCCCAACGCCACAAACUAAUUAACCCUCUCUCUCUCUCUCUCUCUCCUCCAAUUUCAAUGGCCAUGGAGAAAACCCUCCAAGCCGUUCUUGCGGCUACAGGCAGCUUCUUCGCCAUAACCGUAGUCUUCGCCUGCAUCUACCUCUUCUGGAAGGGCUCCAAACGCAAAUCGACCCGCUCCCGUUACACCCGACCCGUCCGCAACCCGCCCGCCACCGCCCUCACCUCCGUUACCGUCGACGAAAGCUUUUCCGUCGAUCCCUCGCUCAAGGUCUCCAUGGAAGAGGUCGUCAAGGCCACCAAGAAUUUCUCCGCCGAUCUCGUCGUAGGCGACGGCGGCUUCGGCUUCGUCUACAAGGCCCAGUUCUCCGACGGCCGCAUCGUCGCCGUCAAGAAGCUCGAUCCCGACGCCUUCCAAGGGUUUCGCGAAUUUCAGGCGGAGAUGGAAACCCUAAGUAAGCUCCGGCACCCAAAUAUCGUUAAGAUUUUGGGAUAUUGUGUCUCCGGCGCCGAUAGGAUAUUGAUUUAUGAGUUUAUUGAGCGGGGCAAUCUGGACCGUUGGCUUAACGACUCGUCGUCAUGCGACGGUGAUGGGUAUGAUGACGGGGCCGGGUUUAGAGUACCGUUAUCUUGGAAAACGAGGAUUAAGAUCGUUAGGGGUGUGGCUAAUGGGCUGGCUUUUUUGCAUGGGUUGGACAAGCCCAUUAUUCAUAGGGAUAUCAAGGCUAGUAAUGUGUUGUUGGAUUCGGAGUUUGAGGCCCAUAUUGCUGAUUUCGGGCUGGCUCGGAGGAUGGACGCCUCCCGUUCGCAUGUCUCGACGCAGUUUGCCGGUACCAUGGGGUACAUGCCGCCGGAGUACAAGGAAGGGUUCACGGGGGCAACCGUGAGAGCCGAUGUGUUUAGCUUUGGGGUUUUGAUGUUGGAGGUUGCGACCGGAAAACGGCCCAAUUUGCCCACGAAGUUCGACGGCAAAGAAAUGGGCUUGGUGGAAUGGGCCAGGAAAAUGGAGGCCCAAAACUGCCAAAUGGAAAUGGUCGACCCUGUUAUUUCGAAGGACGACUUGGAUGAAGCCAAUGUGAAGGAGUAUUUUAGGAUUGCUUGUCAUUGUGCUGGUGAGAUUUCAAGAGAAAGGCCCCCAAUGAGAGAGGUGAUUGAAAUGUUAAAUCAAAUUUCGAUCUGACAAUGUAUUUAUAUAUUUUUUGCAUUGGCGAGCAAUGUUGUUUGUUUACAGUGUUUGUUGGGAUAUGAAUAAUAUAGUUGAAAGGGAUGUAAAUAGGGAAAUUUAGCCAAUUAAACAAGGGAAAAUGAUAGAAGUAGGAGGAUUAGAGGUAGUUUUUAUUUUGGCCCUUGUUGCAUUAUUACUUUUCACCCAGUGGGUUUUGUAAAUGGUAAAAAGAAGAUCCCUAACUAAAGAAUGAGAGGAUCUUUUUUAAACCACGUAUGGAACUUUCUGUGAUGAUUGUUUGAAUAGAACAUGAUUUUCAUGCUUUUGGUUUUA